AUGAUUAACUCCAAUUUGAAUAGUUUUCGAACGUACUUCUACAAUUCACUUAAUGCAUGCCAUGAGCAUUUGGAUGCACUAUUCCGACGCACUUAUGGUCCAUUCUAUCAAAGCAAUUCCCAGGUAUUUGAGACGUUUUUCAAUCGACUUCGUGCCUUCUCUUCACCCUUUUCCGAAGCAAAGGUCCCACAAAUUACCAACCAACUUUUCGAGGAAAUGUUCGUCAUUAUGUUUCAACUAAUGAAUCCUAUGCAUAGUGUGACACCUACUCAAAGGAAUUGCAUGUUAGAGGGAAUGGCGGAAAUCGCACCAUUUGGUGAUGUUCCAGAAAAGCAUAGUGUGACACCUACUCAAAGGAAUUGCAUGAUAGAGGGAAUGGCGGAAAUCGCACCAUUUGGUGAUGUUCCAGAAAAGGUUUGAGA